UUCGGAUUUCAGUUCCCGAGUUAUGUAGGUUAAAGUCUCCCAGUGGGAAAAGGGAAGAUGUGAGAGAGCAGAUUGCUGGUGGCGAUACUCGCUAGAAGGACAGCUGAAAAAAAGGAGCACAUAACUCCAGAGCUGCAUCCAGAGGACUCUGAGGUUCGAGAGGUGAGUGAUGUGAUAGAGAAGUGCUGUUAGUGCAUGAAUUUCCUGCAGAACCUCCUUUGCCACCACCACCACCGACAUGCAGAGCAACCACUCCCUGGUCGUCACCACCAGAGAAACUCUCCAAGUCCUCUUCACAGCAGUGGCAAACUCAUCGGCCGGGUUGCGAUCGCCCCCUCCCUGCCCACUUACCUCUUCAGAUUAUCAGUUUUCACUAAUUCCGGUGCUCUUCUCUGUGGUUUUUGUUCUGGGGUUGGUCGGCAACAGCGUGGUGGUCGUGGUGCUUUGUCGCUACAGUGGCCCCAAAACAGUGGCCAAUGUCUACAUUUUCAACCUGGCCGUGGCGGAUUUGCUGUGUCUCGCCACCCUUCCCUUCUGGGCUGCCUACUACGCACAGGGGUACAACUGGCUCUUCGGGUCCCUCAUGUGCAAGAUCUCCAGCUCCAUCCUGUGCUUGAACAUGUUUGCAAGCAUAUUUUUCAUUACGUGCAUGAGCGUGGACCGGUACCACGCUAUUGUCCACCCGAUUCGCUCUCAGAGGAGAACUCCACGACAAGCUUAUCUCACGGCAUUGGUUGUGUGGGGCCUUGCCUCUUUGUCCUCCCUCCCAACCUUCUAUUUCCGUGACACUUGCUACAUCGACAGCUUGGGGGUCAGUGCUUGCAUUAUGGCCUUUCCUCAUGAGAACUAUGCAAAAUGGUCUGUGGCAACAGCCUUCCUGAAAAACGCGCUCGGCUUCUUCAUCCCCUUGACAGUGAUCACCACGUGUUACGUCUGGAUCAGGAGGCACUUGCUCAAAGCGCAGGAGUUUGGGAAAAACAAGCAGAAGAGGGACAAAGUCCUAAAGCUGGUGGCUGCCGUCGUUGUGGCCUUCUUUAUUUCCUGGCUCCCGUUCCACAUUUUAACGUUUUUGGAUGCCUUGGUUCACAUGAACAUCAUUGACAGCUGUGACGUGACGGGGACGAUCGACACGGGGCUGCCCUUCGCCAUCUGCAUGGCGUUCGCCAACAGCUGCACCAACCCUUUGCUCUACUGCUUCAUUGGGAACCAGUUCCAGGAGAAGCUCCAUCGCUUGUUCAAGCGGCGGGUUUACCAGUUCAACAGCCAUCAGGAGAGCUCUUCUUUGAGGAAAGGGAGCUGCUUCAGAGAUGCUGAGACCCCCGUGGGCAGGGAAGGGGGGGCCUGUGUCCUUGCUGUAGGCACUGGGGCAUGAUGUGGGGUGACAUUUGGGCAGCUGGCUGUCCCUGCAGUGGUGACCCUCCUCUCUUCUGUUCCCUUCGGUUUGUGCCCAUUCCUUCACCAGCUGUUUAAAGGACAAUGUGGUUUUUCCUCACACAUGGGGUUUUAUUCUUCCUCCUUUUCCACAAUGAGGGCUCAAGUUUUACAUAGAAGGAUCAUUCUGGCCAAUAAGUAUAUUGAUGGCAUUUUAAAUAUCAGCUUGUGCGUGGCUGAGAUCAGGAGAGUGUUUAGUGUAAUACAAAAAGACAAAAUAUACCAAAGGACCAUUGCACAAUAGCUACAAUUGUGUAGGAGCUGAGUAUUAUACCCACAACUGGUCUUCUGAAAGAGAUACUGACUAGGGAAUGUGUAAAUAAAGCA